CUAUCUUGCAAAUCCCCGCCCCAUAAUUGUCUAAACCUUCGACGCGCACAGGAGCGAGGAAGUCGCGACGGGAGCUCGCCGGAGAAGGCAUCGACGGGAACAACUGCGUGCGAAGAAGAAGAGUUCGUGAAGGUUGACUGUUAAAGUUAUAGCCACCCAGCGGGAUUUACUAAAUCCGGGAUUCAAGGCAAAACGGAGGAGAAACGGGAUUCAAGAUUCUAUUAAAUCCGACUACCAAACAGCCCAUUAGUUUUCAGAGAGAGGAGAUUUUCCGAUGAGUCAAGCUGCCGAAAAACCAGUCAUGGGGAAACCUGAUGCUCCUCCAUCCAGAUGCCCUCACUGCGCUGGACCUCUCUCCAAGGACUUGGAAGCGAGUAGUUGGACCGUCGGACCACUAGUCCGAGAUAGCUUCUCCAUGAUUGGCAGUGCCGUGGGAGGUACCGCAAGUGCUUUUUAUGGAUUUAACCAUGUUAUGCCUGUGGUCAGCAGAUGGGUGAAGGGUCCCAUGUGGAUACAAUUUCUUGUUGGGGCUCCACCUGUGAUAGUAUUCUCCUCUGCCUGUGCUGGACUUGCAGGUGGUGCUGUACCAGCUCUGGCGCAGUUGGUUUCUUCAUCAUGUCAUUCAUCAAUGUCCUCUUCCAGAUUUUCUCGUAGUACAUCUUCCCAGGAUGACAAUAUGCAAAAAUCCAGAAGUUCUUCUACUCUCUAAUUUUAUUCAUCAUUUCCUUCAUUUGAGAGGUGAAACAGAUCACGAUCACUAUGAUUCCUUCUGUUUUCCCUUGAAACCUCUCAGUACUCGUAAUAUCUUUUGGUUGCAUAGUAUUAUCUGGUUAUAAUGUUUGCAAUGUUAUUAUUAUUUUUUGUUUUCUUAUUUGUCUUCACCCUUUCCUUCUUUGUGUCUUUGUAAAUGAACUUCUCUCAGUCAAAUACAAAUGGUAUUAUGAUACUGAAUCU